AUGCGGCUUAAUCCAAGAAAGUGCGCCUUCGGCGUUCCCGCAGGUAAGUUUCUUGGCGUCAUGCUGACAGAGAGAGGCUUAGAGGUCAACCCCGACAAGUGCAAAGUUGUUAUAGAAAUGCGAAGCCCCCAAACAGUCAAAGAGGUGCAGCAGCUGACCGGGAGGCUAGUGGCCCUCACCCGUUUCUUGGUGAAUUCUGCACAUAAGUCACUCCCAUUGUUUGACUUACUCAAAAAAGGUACAUCCUUUCAAUGGUCUGAUCAAUGUGAGAAAGCUUUUCAGGCCCUAUCCUGCCCGCCAGUCCUCACCAAGCCAGACAGUGGUGAAACUCUGUACUUAUACCUCACCGUGGGUGCUGAGGCCAUCAGCGCAACUUUGGUCAGAGAACCAAAAGAAGGGCAUCAACCAAUUUAUUUCGUCAGCAAAGUAUUGCAAGGGGCGAAACUGCGGUAUCAGCAAGUUGAAAAGGUCGCCCUCACACUCAUCUUCGCCGCACGAAGGCAUAGUUCGUAUUUCCAAUGCCACCCUAUUACAGUCAGAACCAAUCAGCCUAUUCGCUUAGUCCUGCACAAACCUGAUCUCGACGGAAGAAUGAUGUCCCAGGCGAUUGAACUGUCAGAGUACCAGAUCAGUUACGAACCCAGAACCGCCAUUAAAGUUCAAGCUCUCACAUAUUUCAUAGCCGAAAUGUCGCACACCUGCGAAGCAGCUAGCCAAGCAACAGAAACCCCACGGUUGGCGCUGUGGAAGCUAUAUGUUGAUGGCUCUACCAAUGCCAAAGGAUCCGGCGCCAGAAUGAUAAUUGAAAAUCCAGACAGUGUAGCGAUGGAGCAUUCAUUAUCUUUUAACUUUAAUACCACUAACAACCAAGCUGAGUACGAGACAAUGAUUGUCGGCCUGCUCCAGGCCAAAGAGCUAGGAGCGCAACAUCUCAAGGUUUUCAGUGAUUCUCAGUUGAUUAGGCGAUCAGAAAACACACGUGCGGACAUUCUCGCCAAGCUAGCAAGCACCAAGAGUCCAGGUAAUAAUCGUUCUGUCAUCCAGCGUAACCUGCAUAAUCCAUCCAUCGUCAUGAGUAUUGCAGACGUCACCGAAGGAGUCGCCGAAGAUACCUGGAUCACUCCCAUCUCUAACUACCUAUCAGAAGGUACCCUCCCAGUGGACCAGACAGAAGCCAAGAGGAUAAAGCGGAAAUGCGCCCACUUUUGCAUGAUGCAGGGACGCUUAUACAAAAGGGGCUUCUCAACCCCACUGUUGAAAUUCCUAAACCCCGGCGAUGUUGGGUACAUUUUGGAAGAAAUCCAUGAAGAAAUCAAUGGCCACCACAUGGGAGGCCACUUUCUGGCAAAGAAAGCUCUCCGAGCAGGGAUGGACCUUCUGGGCCCUUUCCCUGAGGCAGCAGGCCGAGUUCAGUGGCUGAUCGUCGCCAUUGACUACUUCACCAAAUGGGUUGAAGCAGAGCCAGUUGCUACCAUUACCUCUCAAAGGGUGAGGAAGUUCUUUUGGAGAAAUAUUGUUUACCGUUUCGGAAUCCCAGGAGAAGUUAUAACGGACAAUGGUACUCAGUUCACAGACGCCAAGUUCUAG